ACGAGCUGGGUGACUUCCCUUAGCCACAGAGAGACAGCUGCAACCAAGCAACUCAGACCUGCCCCUGCUCCCGCUGGUGCUGGGCACCAGGAAGCUAGGCUCCUAGCCAGGAACUACACUUCCCGGCAGGCGCUGGAGCGGCACCACGGCUCCCAGCGUGCUCCCGAGAGCGGCAACGCCCCUGGCUCCAAGCCGAGGGGCUGCAGGUUAGGGCUCUAGCCCAGCCGGGAGCUGCUCUGGACGCAGGGCCCAGCCACCCCUUCCACAGAAUGCCUGAGGGUCCUGAGCUGCACCUGGCCAGCCACUUUGUGAAUGAGGCAUGCAAGGGGCUUGUGUUUGGCGGGUGUGUGGACAAGUCACCCAUCAGCCGCAACCCCGAGGUGCCCUUUGAGAGCAGUGCCUACUGCAUCUCAGCCUCAGCCCGCGGCAAGGAACUGCGUCUUAUACUGAGUCCCCUGCCUGGAGCCCAGCCCCCACGGGAGCCACUGGCCCUCACCUUCCACUUUGGCAUGUCUGGCUCCUUCCAGCUGGCACCUGGUGAUGCGCUGCCACCCCAUGCCCACCUGCGCUUUUACACAGCUCCACCCGGUCCCCGACUGGCCCUCUGCUUUGUGGACAUCCGCCGCUUUGGCCGCUGGGACCUUGGGGGCCGAUGGCAGCCCGGCCGUGGGCCUUGUGUCUUGCUGGAGUAUGAGCAGUUCAGGAAAAAUGUGUUACGAAACCUAGCGGACAAGGCCUUUGACCGGCCCAUCUGUGAAGCCCUCUUGGACCAAAGGUUCUUCAAUGGCAUUGGAAACUAUCUGCGGGCAGAGAUCCUGCACCGGCUGAAGAUACCCCCCUUCCAGAAGGCCCGCACAGUUCUGGAGGCACUACAGCAGCGCAGGCAGAGCCCAGAACUGACCCUGAGCCAGAAGAUCAGGGCCAAGCUGCGGAACCCGGACUUGCUGGAGCUGUGCCACUCAGUGCCCAAGGAAGUGGUCCAGCUGGGGGGCAAAGGUUAUGGGCCAGAGAGUGGGGAGGAGGACUUUGCUGCCUUCCGGGCCUGGCUGCGGUGCUACAGCAUCCCCGGCAUGAGCUCUCUGCGGGACCGGCACGGCCGCACCAUCUGGUUCCAGGUUCGGGCCCUAACGCUCACGCUCACGUAGUCAAAGGAAGCUGGUAGGGUGGGGAUACCUGGAGUUACAGCAGGGCAAGAGCUGGGGUCCCCCAGGUGGAGGUGAUCAGGGCCUAUCUAGGGCCCCAAGGGCCACGCUGCCCCUGAGGUCUAAGCCUUCGCUGUGCUACGCCCCUGCCCUCCUGAGUCCCAGCGAGUGAUGCGGGCUCUCACCUGGGGGGGAGAGGAUCAGUCUUCUAGGAGGAGCUCCACUGACCUGGAAGAGAGGUGUGAGUUCCGCCUCUCCAGGGAAAGCUACCCCUCCCCCAACUGGCUUGAUUCCUAAAUUCUCCCCAUUACA